AAGUUCUUCUCAACACGCAUCCCUUCUAAUUCUUAGAAUCUUAAACCUUGAAAAUCAAUAGAUUCGUAGUAUACGAAACAACAAAACGGAAGAGUAAAGAAAAGAGAACUAGAUAGAGAAUUAGUAGUAGUUACUAAUUUCAGUAGUAGUAUUAUUUAAAACUAUCUUUUUCCACUGUAUUUGGAGAGCUUUACCAAAAUACAGCGACUUCCUCAUCUCUAUCUAUUAUUCUCAGAAGAGAGAUGGCUUUCACAGCUACUUUUCUACUCCCAUCACAACUAAUCAAACCAUUUCAUCUCCAUCGACAAAACAAUCGAUGUUUCAAGAAAAACCGAUCAAUUGUUCCGGUGGCAAGAUUGUUUGGACCAGCUAUAUUUGAAGCAUCCAAAUUGAAAGUAUUGUUUUUGGGUGUAGAUGAAAAGAAACAUCCAGGAAAUCUACCAAGGACUUAUACACUUACUCAUAGUGAUAUCACUUCUAAGCUUACUCUUGCCAUCUCUCAAACCAUUGAUGGAUCACAGUUGCAAGGUUGGUACAACAAAUUGCAAAGAGAUGAAGUAGUUGCUGAGUGGAAGAAAGUUAAAGGAAAUAUGUCGCUACAUGUUCAUUGUCAUAUAAGUGGUGGUCACUUUCUUCUGGAUCUCUUUGCUAGGCUUAGAUUCUACAUCUUCCGCAAAGAACUUCCUGUGGUAUUGAAAGCAUUUGUACAUGGAGAUGGAAAUUUGCUUCAAAACUACCCAGAGUUGGAGGAAGCUCUAGUUUGGGUGUAUUUUCAUUCAAACCUUCAAGAAUUCAACAAGGUAGAAUGUUGGGGUUCGUUAAAGGAUGCCGAAGCGCCGUCAGGCGGAUCAAGUCAGAUUAAGAGUUUAGAUGAUGACGACGAAUUAUCAGUAGUUAGACCACAACCAUGUAAAGAAGAUUGUACAUGUUGUUUCCCGGUGACUAGUUUGAUCCCAUGGAGUGAUCAAGAAUUUCCCGAUCCAAGUCUUAGCGGAACCAACCAAAAUUUGCAACAACAGUAGUAGGAGUAAUUCCCUUCUUCAUACUAGAUGAUUGUUGAUAUAGUGGGAGCAUUUAUAAGUAUAUGCUACUACAUAUGCUCAAAUUCUUUGACAAAAUAUAAUGUAGAAAUUGUAAAAUGUAAAUAUAAACUUAGACAAAUUCUUAUAAUACAGGUUGAUUACUUAA